AUGGGAGGAUUGGAAUGGGAUGACAUGGGAGUGAAAGUUGACGGCCGGCAUUCACACCAUCUUCGUUUCGCUGAUGACAUCGUUCUGAUAACAUCAAGCCUGAGCCUGGACAAGACGAUGUUCGUGCGUAACGGAUGGGUCUCGGAUGCUCAGGGUCUAUUCAACACCACCGUUCCUCCUUCUUUGAACUACGCACCAGAAACGAUUUUCGCAACCAUGAAAUUCGAAGAUCUUCCACCACCACUCGAUGUAACAUGCCCCACCCGGAAACUUGUCGACACUUUGUCUGAAUCACUGGCGAGAUGCUGUUCCAGUGAUAUACUGCUUAGUGCCACAGGUGGUCGAGAUAGAUCGCAACCCUUCACCGAGUUUGGAACUCUGAUAUGCUGCAAGUGCGCUGCUGCUUAUGGCAAAGUGGAACAAUUACUCAGCCAUACUCUAAAACAUCACUUUGGUGAGGAGCACCUCAGACUGUAUGAAGCUGUCGGAGUUAUUCAUAAGGAUGUACAAAGAAUGCUAGACGAAGGAAGAAGUGAACGCUCUGCGUUUGUUGGGAGAAUGUGUUCAUCCGUUCGAACGAGGUUGACACGCCUCGGGGUAGGGGAGAAGGAAAGCGUUCUUUGGUUAUCUUGGUGGUAUCCGAAUUCUGCAAAGGUCAUUGAAUUGGAUACCAAUAACAAUCAAGAGCUAUGUGUGUUGACCCCGCUUUUUUCUCCACUGGCACCUUUCAUGUUGGGUGGGGUUACUGUAUCAACUCGUGAACCAAGCAACAAGAGGAUAUUUGUAAAGAAAUUGAUUGAGGGUUCUAAUGUGGAGCAUAUUCCUCUAUAUUUCUCUGUGAGGGCAGUGGAAAGGAGGCAUGUUGAGCUGCUUAGCUAUUUGGCUGAGAAGAAACGAAAACGGCGAUUCCGUGAAAUGAAAAGGAAUUUGAAGCUAUUUUACAUCGACGCUCCAGAUCUUCUAGAAUAUCCUCCGCGAGAUUCUAAGGUGGCGAAACUCCUUCAUCAGGCAACUGGUUUUCCAAUCGGGACAUCCAUAAUACCCGCAAGAAAAAUUCGUCUAGUUGUUCCGAUUAUUUCACGUCUUGAUGAAAUCUCUCUUGAUGAAAUCUCAUCGAUAUCGUCCUCUACCGAAUCUAGCACUUCGACGUACCAUUCGCAUAAUAAGUAUGCACUGCGCCAUCGCGGGAAGCGCAGAUACUCAGGUUUGUAA